AGUUCAUUUACUUACUUUAGCGGUAUUUCUCCUGUUUUCAUUGUCUCUCUUCAUUCACUCCUCUCUCUCUCCUGGUCUCCAGCUGUGACGGACUUUGUUCUGAUCCCCAUUCACACCUCUCCAACUACUGCUGUAGAAGAACUCAAGGCUCUUACUGACGUGGUGAACGAGGCCAAAACAAAAUGGCAAAACAAUAACAUCAUGGUGCUCGGAGACUUCAACGCAGGCAGCAAUUAUGUCCCGAUGAGCAAGCGGCCGACGAUCCCCCUCUUCGGCAUCAAUGUCUUCCACUGGCUGAUCGCCAACACUGUUGACACUACAGUGUCGGGGUCUAAACAGGCUUACGACAGGAUUGUCGUCACCGAUGACAUGUACAAUAGAAUGAACCCCCGCAGCGCUGGCAUCUUUGACUUCAAGAAUCAAUAUGCUCUUACCCUGGAUCAGGCGAAGGCCGUCAGUGACCAUUUCCCUGUGGAGGUGCAGAUAUCAUGAGCACAGGAACCACUUCACAGACCUCCAGACUGAAUCUGAGCUGCCGGUAUUCAGUUGGAGUAUUUCUGGAACCCAUGCAGCAUUGAAAAAGAAUAAAACAAAUACAAAAUGCCAAAUUAUUUCAUGAAA